AUGCAGUCUCACCUGAUCCACACGCCCGCUAGCAACCAGCGGCACCUCUCUAGCGCCGCUGACGGCGGACGUCGACUCUCUUCGGCUAGAAGCUUCGAUGCUUCUGGCCUAGGAUAUGUCGACUCGUACGGGAUACAUCAACGUUCAGACCACUCUCAUAUCCCUCGCUCCGGCGUCAACCAUGGCUCGUUCACUAACUCCGCUGCGGUUCAAUCGUCGUACCGCGUCCAGGAGUACACGGAGAACCCGGCGUACCCUUCGUCAACCACGCCGAGUCCUCAGCUUACUGCUAUUGACUGGCAAUCUCCUAGGCCAAUGACCGUCAUGCCGCCUGGCACGCCCAACGUGAACUUUGCCGGCACAUUACCCACGUCACGCGGCGCUACGCACGCGCGCAACGGGCACUUCAACGGGCACUCUGGCUACAACGGCUACGACCACACUCGCCCGCCGCUCUCGCCCAUCUACCACACGCCCGCGCACUCUGAGAACUACGGCAGUCCCUUCGGUGGCGCCCCCACUCAGUCUUUCGCAGACCCUGGCUACACUGGCUCGCACCCCGCGUCCUUCGCUUACGCUAUGCAGCCCGUGCACAACACGCGGGUGCGGGAGACGCCGCGCUGCGAGUGGGCCAACUGCCGCAUGCCCAUCGACGACUCCUCCCCGGCGGGCAUCGCGCGACACCUCAAGCAGCACCACGACGUGCAGGUCGCGGACAACCGCAGCCGCCACCCGUGCCGGUGGGGCGCGCAGCCGUGCGGCAAGGACAUGUACCCGUCGAGCCUCGGGAAGCACAUCGCGGAGUGCCACCUGCGCAACAUGGUGAAGCAGUGUCCGCACUGCGGCGCGGACUUCGCGCGCGCGGACACGCUCUCGCGGCACAUAAAGGCGUUCUGUCCGAACAGCAACGCGUGA